AUGAGCUCAAACAGGCUCGAGGGCAGCCCUAGGCGCGAGCGACGGAGUGGGACCUUCUCUUUAUCUGCAGCCUUCCGAUCAUCCCCGAAAAGGGCAAGUGUGCUCGAACCCAUUUUACCAGAUCCACCAGACUUACUGCCAACUUGUCUCGAGAGAAUUCAUUACCCUGUAUUUGACCCUCAGAACCCAAAUCAUAACCCGGCUGCAGCUAUCGCCCUACCACGAUCACCACCACCACGCCGACACGAUCUCCAAGUAUCGUCCUCCGAGUCGCAGAGACAAGGUUCCUGGCUGGAAGACUUCCCACGACGAUCAAUCCACAAAGCGCGAUCAGGACUGCUGGCAAUUCGUGCAAGCUUACUCCGACUUUCCUCUCGUGAGAACACUGACUUCAGUGAGGCUAUUAUCCAGGAUAUGUCUAGCGAGGCCUCCAGGCGUGAACGAGAUCAUGUCCGAGGACAUGGCCAUUCAAACUCAACACAGGAAGACUUGAGCUUUGGUGUUUGUUUAUUCCGAACAUCAACAUCUCCCUGGGCCACAACUUUGGAUGGAGCAGAUUCAAAUUUGGUACCCCGAGUCGAGUCUCCUCUGUCUCUACCUCUGGUGAAUUCCAUCUCAGCCCCUGCUGAACUAGAAAGCUACUACUAUAACAACAACACCGAUGACGACCCAGAGCCGAUGAAUGAUCGACCGGUAAGUAUGGCAUCCGAAGAACCGCCGUCGUAUCGCUCGAUCGCAGAAAGCGCUCGAUAUCACCGGCAUUCUAAUGAUUCAAAUCCGAGAGGAAAUACCAAUCGAGAAUUAGGUACAGAUACAUCCAACGAAACACACGGCUGUUUGACACAACCAUCGCCGUCGGUAGACUGGGACGAGCUCGGAUCCCCGGCAUCGAGCUUCAGGUAUGAGGAUAUGAUUCCGUGCCAGAGGAAGAAGGUCUCUAGAUUCCAGGGCACCGGUUCCAGCUUGUCUUCUUCGCCUAUCUCAGUGGUCACGCAAUCUGAAACCCUUUUUUCUCAGGAGCACCUACCACCAAAUCGUGAUCAACCGAAAAACGACUACUGUGGGCGUGAAGACUUGACUCCGACACCGAGCCCGCCUUCAGAAAUGGUCACAAUUGCAUUUCCUGGGGUAUAUCAAGCAUUAUUGGAUCAGUGGGCGGGUGAGAUGCGGGAUAAAUCCAAGAAUAUCCCAUGCGCCCCAUUGAAAAUACCAGAGUGCAACCCUGUUGCUAUUGCCCAAGCUAGGCAAACUGACGGAGGUGAGGCUGAGCCUUCUGGGAAACGCCAUUCAUUUGGCCUCCAUAUGUCUCUGAGAACCGACCAGGGAUUCCGUGAAAGACCCGAUGCGGUCUACAGACAAAACCAGAUGGUGUUUUCGGCGCACUCACAUGAGACUCCAAUCUCCCCCGAUAGUCACAACUCAUCUACACCCUAUGGCCGAACGAUCGAGUCUUUGUACGAUGGAUCAGAAUACUCCAACUACGCCCUUCCAGGCUCUUCGCCGACAAAUAUCACCUCGCCAUCAUAUUAUUCUAACGAUAUUUGGAGUCCAUUGGAAUCUCCCAUUGACGAAGAACUUCUAUUCUCACCCUUCCCUCGAAACGAGUACUACAUGGCCGAUGGAAAGACGAGCGGCGUCUAUCCCGACCAAGACGACCAGCCCCCCGUUAAAGUAGAAAGUCGCUUCUAUGGUGAUGGAAGCAUUCAUAGUGGCCGUGGCCUCGAUCGCACUCUUUCUGAUAGACUGCGUGAGCUCACAGAAAGGAUUCCAACAAUGGGGGGUUCGCGAUCCAUGAGGCAAGAUCCUCGGACUGGACUAGGGCUUAGUGAAUCGACGGACGAAUCUUCCGUUAUCAGAGCUACUGGCUAUGAAGCCCGACGACGGGGUUGA